AUGGGUGACGCUCAGCAGCUCACAAUCUGGCAAGACAAAGCCUCGUUGGCCAGAGCCCGGCGCGAUGCUGGGCUGGCCAAGGUCGAGCCCAAGUUGGAGGGCAUCCCGGACGUCCUGCCCCUGAGUUCACAAGAUCUGCCAAAGUUGGUGCUGACGGCGCGGGAACUCGAAAUCACCGAAAACUAUUCCGUCACAGAGUUGCUCAAGAUCCUCAAAGAAAAGAAGAUUACCGUCGAGGAGGUGACGCGGGCCUUUCUGCGCAGAGCGGCGCUGGCCCAAGCCGCUACAAAUUGCCUUACUGAGCUGUUGUGGGAUGAGGCCAUCGCUCGUGCAAAGCAACUCGAUUCCCUGCCGGUACCCAAGGGUGCCUUCUUUGGCCUCCCCAUUUCAACCAAGGAGCACCAUGGCAUGGUUGGCCAACACAUUAAGACCUCUGCCUCAUACGCUGCUUGGGUUGAGACAGAGCACGCCUCAAACCUGCUUUACGACAUUCUGUACAGCGAAGGGUGUGUCUUUUACGCCAGAACGACUCAGCCGCAAACUAUUAUGCACCUGGAGACCGAGAGCAAUGUCUAUGGACGGACGGUUAACCCAUACAACCGGAAUUUGACACCCGGCGGUAGCUCUGGUGGCGAAUCUGCCCUGAUUGGUAUUCGUGGCAGUAUCCUUGGCGUUGGUGGCGAUAUCGGAGGCAGUGUUCGGUGCCCAUCAGCUCAUGUUGGCAUCUAUGGCUUCAAGCCAACUGCCAAGCGCAUUUCCGUCUUCGGACAAAAGGCCAACAUGGCUGGCAAGGAGACAAUCCUCUCCACCCCAGGACCGAUGACAGUAGAGCGUGACGCGAUCGAGCUAUUCAUGAAGGUUGCCAUUGCUGCCGAGCCGUGGCGUAUUGAUCCUUCACUUACAGCCAAACCGUGGACGCCGUAUCAUUUCACGAAGCCGCUCAAAAUUGCCGUCCAAUGGUGGGAUGGUGUUGUCCAGCUGCAUCCUCCCAUGAGGCGCGCGUUACAGGAAGUUGCCGCCGCCUGCCGAAACGCUGGCCACAAGGUGGUUGACUGGACUUGCGAGUCGCUCGGCCACGAUGAGGCCUGGGACAUUAUUUCAGGGCUCUACUGGCCUGAUGGCGGCGAAGAGGUCAUGAACCUGAUGAACUCAACCGGGGAACCCGUCUUGCCGUUGACGAAAUUCAUCAUCGGAGAGCAGCCAAGCGUCAAGAAGAUGACCGUACCCGAACUUUGGGAUAUUUGCGCCCGACGAGAUGCCUACCGAGCAAGAUAUGCCAAGGCCUGGACAGCCACCGCGGUGAACGGCGAGGGAGAGGUAGAUGUCAUUCUGUGUGCUCCAUCCUUCGGUGCUGCGGCUCCCCACGAGCAGUCUCGGUACUGGGGCUACACUUCGCAAUGGAACCUCCUGGAUUACCCGGCCGUUGUCUUCCCCGUUACCACUGUCGAUCAGGUCAAGGACGUCAAGAACCCCAAUUACGUGCCGAAGAACGAGAAGGACAAGUUUGUGUAUGAGAUGUACAGCCCGGAGAAGUAUGUCAAUGCACCGGUGAGUCUGCAGAUUGUCGGAAGACGACAAUACGACGAAAAGGUCCUCGCAGCUCUGGUAGAGAUUGAGCGUGCUAUGGGAAGACCGUGA